CUCGUUCAAAACCGCCUUCAUCAACCUCUCAUCUUCAGCUAUCAAUUGCGAAAACCAUACUUUUAGCAAGAAAAGCAAAAGGGAUUCUUCAUCGGAGGCCGCUGAGAAUCUCAGUCAACCCAAUCACACUCGUAUCUGUCAGGGCCUACGCAUUAGUCUCAGAGCACUCUUUGAUUGAUAGAUAAAAGGAGUUUAGUUGUAAAGAAGUAUGACAGUGGGAACUAAAGAGGGUAGCUUAUGGAAGGGGGGUCUCAGUUCAGGUAGUGGAAAACAUGAGACUGUGGACCCCGAGAAUCGGGAGAAUGGACUGAAAGAAUUGAUUAGGUGGUCUUUAGGUAUUGUGAGACCAGAGGUUUCAGUCGAUUUGGGGAAGCCAACAUGGCGGGUUAUCAAGUGUGACAGCUCCAAUAAUUCUUUGGAAGAGCAUGAUGCUGACAAAGGCAAAGGAUGCCCGUCGAAGUUCUUGACUACGUGCCUUAACUCAGUUCAGGAAGCUCUGUAUCAAGAUGAGCCGUAUAAUUCCGAAGAUGACAUGCCUUAUUUUACCGAUUCUUGGGGAUUUGAUUUUUGGAGUUGUUACAACAAAGGAAUUGAUGUGUUGGAUAAAGAUGGAGCUGAUUCUAAGACUAGGAAGAUUGCUUGGAUAGCAUCAACUGCUGCUGAUUCAAUCUCAAUGAAGGAGGAAGAGGAAGAGGAAGAGGCUGGGGCUGAGGCAGGGGCAGAGGAAGAUGAUGGAUCAUCAGAUAGCCCUUUUCUUUUGUAUCUUGUGCCAUCUCAAGAAAAAGCUUCCAAGGUGCUCGAGGUCUGCAAGCCUUUGGAAGAAUGUGGCGUAUAUACAUUGUUUUUGCACUCGGGUGUUUCCAUGGAUCUCCAAAUUGAAAGUUUAAAGAGUGCUGAACCCGAGUUUAUAAUCGCCACCCCAGAGACGCUCCUAGAGCUUUUGUCAUUGAAGGCGGUUGAUAUUUCCGAGUUGGCAUUAAUGGUUAUAGAUGGACUAGAAGCCCCUGUCGGAGGUACUUACCUCGAUGCUGUCAAAUCAAUCCGACCAUUUAUCUCUGAAAAUACCCAAACUGUCAUUUUCUGCGAUCACAUGAAUGCUUCAUCCAGUUCUGUUGAUUCUAAAGCUGAUUGAUGAUCAAACUACUCCCUAAUGAUUUCUUGGUGCUUUAUCAUCUCAAAAUUUUUAAGGGGAUGAUAGCUAUUAUAGGGCUUCAAUAAAUUCUUUUUUUCCUCGUACAAUUUUGAUACUUCUCCAUACACAACAAGAAGACGACUUGGCUUGGUUCUUGGCACGAAGAAAAUCUUUACGUCUCGACUGCAACUGAUUUGAAUAAUGCAUAAAAAAAUUUGUUGUGAAGAGUUUGAGGUCAUGUUUUGUGGGUGUGUUUCUUCUACUUCUUAGGGAUUGUGAAACCAAUCUUUUUAGUGUGACACUAUUAACUGUCAAAUGAAGAAAGCUUGAGUUUGGUUUUAUUACUAUUUUGUUGCUGGAUUAAUUUUCUUUUUCA